AUGGACAAUCUCACGGAGGUGGCAGAAUUCCUGCUCAUGAGCUUUUCUGAAGUCUGGGCCCUGCAGAUUCUGCACGCGGGGCUGUUUCUGCUGCUUUAUCUGGCAGCGCUGGUGGGGAACCUACUCAUUGUGACGGUCAUCACGCUGGAUCACUAUCUGCACACGCCCAUGUACUUCUUCCUGAAGAACCUCUCCUUUCUGGAUUUGUGCUACAUCUCAGUCACCGUGCCCAAGUCUGUCCACAGCUCCCUGACGCACAGCAGCUCCAUCUCUUAUCUCGGCUGCAUGGCUCAAGUCUAUUUUUUCUUUGCCUUUGCCUCUGCUGAGCUGGCCUUUCUCACUGUCAUGUCCUAUGACCGUUAUCUUGCCAUAUGCCGCCCCCUCCAGUAUGGAGCUGUGAUGACGGCAGGGAAAUGCUGCCAGAUGGCAGUGACUGCCUGGCUCAGCUGCUUUUCCUAUGCAGCAGUGCACACUGGAAACAUGUUUCAGGAGCCUAUUUCCAGAUCCAACAGCAUCCACCAGUUCUUCUGUGACAUCCCCCACGUGCUGGCCCUGGUGUCCUGUGAGGUUUUCUUCGCAGAGUUUGUUGCGCUAGCUCUCAGCUCGUGCUUGGUGAUGGGCUGCUUUGUUCUCAUGAUCACCUCUUACUUCCAGAUCUUCUCCACGGUGCUCAGAAUCCCUUCAGGAGAGGGUCGAGCAAAAGCCUUCUCCACUUGCUCCCCACAGCUGGCUGUCACCGUGCUCUUCCUCAGCACCGGGCUCUUUGCUGCCUUAGGGCCAGUUGCCAAAUCGUCACCCUUUCAAGACCUGGGAAUUGCUCUGGCAUACACAGUUCUGCCUCCUGUCCUGAAUCCCAUCAUAUACAGUCUCAGAAAUAAGGAGAUAAAAACAGCAAUGUGGCGGCAAUUUCGGAAGAUACAACCUCUGCCAAAGUAG